AUGGGGUCAAAGGAAUUUGAAAUGGACAUAUUGUCAAGUCAGUCCUGUUACACAGUUCCCAUGGAGAUCCGUGAAGCCUUUAAGGUGUUUGACCGUGAUGGGAACGGAUUCAUCUCAAAACAGGAGCUAGGAGUGGCCAUGCGGUCUCUUGGUUACAUGCCAAAUGAAGUGGAGCUGGAGGUGAUCAUUCAGAGACUGGACAUGGAUGGUGACGGUCAAGUUGACUUUGAAGAGUUCGUAGCACUUCUCGGACCAAAACUCUCUUCAGCUGGUAUGCCUGACAGAUUCCAUGGAGCCGAGUUUGAUUCCAUAUUCUGGAAGUGUGACAUGCAAAAGCUGACUGUGGAUGAGCUGAAGAGACUCCUGUAUGACACCUUCUGUGACCAUCUGACUAUGAAAGACAUCGAGAACAUCAUCAUGACUGAGGAGAGUCACUUGAACAGCCCCGAGUGCCAAGUAGAUAUUGACACAAGUCCCAUGCAACAAGUCAAGCACACCUGUGUGCGCAAGAGCUUGAUUUGUGCCUUCGCCAUUGCAUUCAUCAUCAGCGUCAUGCUCAUCGCAGCCAAUCAGAUGCUUCGAAGAGGAAUGAAAUAAACAGUUCUGUUUCUAAGACAAUGAAUGACUGACAAAAGGAAACAAGAUAAAAAUGCAAAAAAAUCCACUAAUUUUACUAGUUUCUAAUGAUCACUGUUUUACAGAAACACCAAAGGCUGCACUUUCAUUCUACUAUAAACUCAAGGUAAAGACAGACUGUUGUUAGACAGACAAAAGAAUAAU